UGUCUUAGGAAAAUACUGAACUGAUAUCUUUCUGUUUUCUUUACCCAGUGUGGACGAGAGUACCAUGUCGGCUGCUUAAGAGAGUCUGGGAUGGAGGAUGAGCUACCAGAGGCCGAUUGGUAUUGCCAGCCUGAUUGCCAACAAAUAGUGCAAAUUCUAUCACAGCUUGUGGCAAAUGGGCCGGAGUCAUUAUCAGAGAGCAUUGUCAGUGAGUUACUGGAAAGUCGGCAACACCAACAGGGUGUUAUUGAGAUGGCAGAAUCCAAUAGCCCAGUUUUUGGGUGGCAAAUCUUACAUGGGGUCAAUAACAAUUCUGUCAAUGCACGGACACUUGCUCAGGCUGUGGAUGUUUUCACAGAAUGCUCCGAUUCAAUCGAGGAUGCCCCAUCGGGACAGAAUAUGAUUCCCCUAAUGGUCAAGAGCCAGAAUUUUAAAGACUUUGACUUCGGCGGCAUUUAUUGCGUUGUUCUGAAGCUCAAUGAGAAGGUGGUGUCGACAGCUUUACUGCAAAUUUUUGGUCGGGAAGCAGCUGAGGUCCCCCUUAUUGCGACUAGCGUUGGUCACCAAGGCCAGGGUUUCUGCAAGGCACUGCUGACCACGAUAGAGAGGCUCCUGGGCGUGCUUAAUGUGAAAUGUUUAGUCCUCCCAUCAGCCAAAGAUGCAGAGUCUGUUUGGAUCAACGAGUUUGGAUUUUCUCGUAUGGACGAUGCACAGCUCAAACAACUCCGUUCAGCGAUGAGGUUGAUGACCUUUACUGACACCUCAAUGCUUGUAAAGCCCAUUACUGUGGUGACGCUUGAGAAGCCUAUUUCUCUGGGGAAGUUCGACAAGUCCAGUAACCAUUGGGGAGCGAAACGUCGGUGAUUUGCUUACUUGCCACAGUAGAUGUGCCUCUGACGCACUUGUCCAAACUUCUUGUACAGCCCGCUGUUUCGUUGACAUUUGAGUCUCUGUUGCAACUAUAAUUUUUUGGUCAAGCAUCUUUAUGCUGUGGAUAAGCCUUGUUUUGAUGAUGUUGAUUGGCCACAAUAAGGCCCAGGAACAACCCAAUUUCAAUAUGUGUUUGUUGACCUUCAUAUUUCCGAUCACCAUCCUCUAUGUUAUAUACGUUCUAAACUAGCUAAUAGCCGAAGAGAUAGAGAGGCCCCCAACUAGUUUCAUCAACUAAUGAUCGUUUUGCAAAAGGAAUGUGAGAUGCUAGUAUCCACCGUAUCGAUACUUUGAGGUUUUGAACUGUGGUUCCGAUUCCCAGUAUGUAUGAACUUUCCUUCUUCA